AUGAGCCCUCAAGUGGACCGCCCUGCGCACAUCCAGACGCUCAUCUCAAGCGUCGACCGCUACAACCCGGGCAACUGCCACUUGCUCGAGGACUACUUGCAGCAGCAGCUGUCGACUGGCACCUACGACCUGCACGCUAACCUCGCCCUCCUCAAGCUCUACCAGUUCAACCCGGCCAUCCUGUCCCCCUCUGCGUCCCUCUCGGCCCUGUUCCUCGCCCUCUCCAACGCCCCCUUCGCACCCGACUUCAGCCUCUCGCUCUCGCUCCUCAGCGACUCGUUCGCCGUCGGCGCCGCCCUCCCGCCGCUCCCCGCCCCUCACCCCGACUCGGACGACUCGGACGACGACGACGACGACGACGACGCGCCCGCACCGGCCAACGGUGGACCCCGCGAGCCCAAGGGCGAGUACGAGUGCGUGCAGCGCCUCAAGACGCUCAGCGCCCUCCUCGCCGCGCGCAAGUUCCGCGCCUUCUGGGCCCUCGUCUCGUCGCCGCCCACCGAGGUCGACGGCGAGGACGCGGCCAAGGUGCGCGAGGUCAACGCGCUCGUCGAGGGCCUCAAGGAGAGCGCUCACGGGUGGGCCGACCGCGUCCGGGUCGAGAUUGCCGGCGAGGUCGAGCGGUGCUUCAGGAGCUUGAAGCGCGAGCAGCUCGCCGCCUUCCUCGGGACCGACGACGUCGACGCGUCGAUCCAGGCCCAGGGCUGGAAGCUCGACGGCGCCGAGGUGCGCAUCCCGCCCAACGAGAGCAACGCGCCCAAGGCCCAGGUCACGCACGAGCGCAUCGAGAUUGAGCAGCUCGCCCGCCUCCUCGGCCGCAGCCAGGCCUGAGCGGGAUCCCCUCCCUCUCUCCCUCGUCCUCCCCCUGCGCUAGACGGUGUACGGCCUCCUCGCACUCUUGUAACACGCCCUUGGACCCUC